UCCAUGGGGGCUAAAGUUCUUAUCCUGAUCACCGUGGCCGUGGCCAUGCUCGGGAUGGUGCUCGGCGCCAGUCACACGGUGGGCGCGCCGGCCGGAUCAUGGGACCUGCAGACCAACUACACCCUGUGGGCUUCGAGAACUAGAUUUACCAUCGGCGAUGAGCUCCAGUUUCAGUACCCCACCACCGUGCACAAUGUGGCGGAGGUGAGAAAGGCUGGGUAUGACGCCUGCAACAGCUCCAGCCCCAUCGCGACAUUCCUGACCGGCAACGAUGUCGUCCCACUUCCGGCCAUUGGGACGCGGUACUUCAUUUGCGGUGUUCCAGGGCAUUGCAUCGCCGGUAUGAAGGUUCAAGUCAACGUGAAGUCGAAGGCAGUGCGGACAGUACAACGGUGCCGAGGGACGGGAAAGCGGCUGCGGUGCCAGUACGAGACUGUAUUAAGCUCGGCCACUGCGGCUGGCAUUGAUCAGUCUGCGGUGGCGCGGCUAGGUCUGAAUUGUCAUUUACAUCGCAAAUGUUAUAACCUCUCCAGGCCGGACCUUGUUUACUUAGUGGUAGUGUUUGGACGUAAGUACCAGGUUGAAGCCAAUGUGCCCAAGGUAUACUAUAUGACAACGGCGAGGGGCCCUUACCAAGCAGACCAUGCAACUUUUAAAUUUGGUCAACACAACAUAUUAUCAAUAGUGAAUUUCCAUGAAUUUUGA